CUGAGCAUGCCAAUGUCCAUUCUUAUUCAGCUCGUGUUAGUCAGGUGAGGACUGGGUAGCAUCAAGAAAGUGUAGCCUGGAGUUUGAAACAGAACAUGAUGAAACUCUUCUCCCUGUUAGGAUUUUAUUUUAUUUUAUUUUAUUGUACUCAAAGAUCUCAAGCCAGGCAGUCACACAGUACAUUGUUCGGUUUAUUGACGUUUCCUUCAUCAGCACCCUGACAGGAAAAAGACGACUUGAUUUCCAUUUGUUUUCCUUGCCAAAAUAAUGAAGACUGUGAUGAGUGUUUGUUUAAUAUGCACCCCCUACUUUUUUUGGAAGAGAAGAGCAAAGAAAGAUCAAGGGAGGAGGAGCACCCAUUACCUUCAUGGAACAGGAGGGGUGCGUGCAUAAUAGAUGCGGCAGCCAUGGGAACAGGAACUAGGGCACCCGGGAACCAGGGGACCAGAGAACCAGGGCACCAGGGAACCAGGGGACCAGAGAACCAGGGAACCAGAGAACCAGGGAACCAGAGAACCGGGGAACCAGGGAACCAAGGAACCAGGGAACCAGGAAACCAGAGAACCAGGGAACCAGGAAACCAGGGAACCAGGAAACAGUGAAACAGGAAACCAGGGAACCAGAGAACUAGGGGAACCAGGAAACCAGGGCAACGGGGAACCAGGGCACCAGAGAACCAGGGCACCAGGGUAUCAGGGAACCAGAGAACCAGGGGAACCAGGAAACCAGGGCACCAGGGAACCAGGGAACCAGAGAACCAGGGAACCAGGGAACCAGGGAACCAGGAAACCAGAAAACCAGGGGAACCAGGAAACCAGGGACCCAGGGAACAAGGGACCCAGAGAACCAGGGAACCAGGGGGACCAGGGAACCGGGAAACAGGGUGCUGAGGAGGCAGGAGCAGGGAGGAGGGAGGGAGAGAGGGAGAGAGGGCGUAAGGGAGGGAGGAGGAAGGAAUGAAGAGAGAGAGGAAGGCAGGGAAGAGAGGGAAAGAGGGAGACAAGGAAGAAAGAAAGAAAGGAGGGAAGAAAAGUAAAGAAAGAAGGAAGGAAGUGCCCAGGCACUCUUCCCCUAGUGGGCAGGGCAGAGAGACUGUGAAAGGUGGAGAUGAAGGAGAGUCAUCAUUUCACUCUUGAGAAAGGACGGAGCAGUCUGUGUGGAAGAGAUGAGAUCUGGGAUAAAUUGGAAAAGGUGUCAAAAAAUUAGGAGGGAAGAAAUAUUUCCAGCAAGUCUGCUACCACACUCCUCAAAUUCAACUAAGAGUGGUGAUUUAAUAUGGUCACAGGAUGGCUGCCUCAGCUCCAAACAGCAACAUCUGAAGGAGAAAGCUGCAGGCCCCGACUGGACGGCUUUGGCUAAGGAACCAACGCAGGUGGAGAAGGAGGCUGACGAUGGAGCCCAGGCACUCCAGCCUUGAAGGAGGAGAACCCGACCCAGAACGAGAAACACAGCAGAGAGGGAAUGGUCAACCCCAGAGCACCGGCCACUUUGGGAAAAUGGACAUCUCCUCUCCUCUGGCUGAAGGAAAGUAAGAAGACAUGGUGUUGCCCCAGGCUGUGUAGCCCACAACAAUUUUCCAUCCAAAUGCAUGAGCCCGGGUUCCCGAUGAAGACUUGGCUUCUCCUGAGCCCGGGGGUCCUGGCUGCUCUGGUGCCAACCCCUGGGUGUCUUCGACCUGCAGAGGGCUUGCCACGUGCAUCCUCCUCCCUCUGCCUGAGCCAUGAAGACCAGGCUGGACUAUGUUCCACAAAGACUUUUUCCCCUCAGGGGUCUCCUCCCAACAACACUUAACCAAGCUUUGUAUUCAACAAGGAACACAUUCCGCCUCCACCAAACCUCAUUGAAAACACAGAGGUGCAUGGAUAACCAUGGCCAAAUCAUAACUGGUAUGCGUGCUCAUGGUUUUCUUUGAAAAUCUAACUGUCUUUUAAAAAUCUUUCCCACAUGAAGAGCCACAAUAAAUGACAAAAACAAAUUAUAAGUUUAUAAGGAAAGUAUGCUAGUAAGUGUAAGCAAAUUAAAAGGAUGUCCCAUAGGGUGGUAACAACUGAUUCAGUGUUGUCAAAUGUUUUGGAUCCCCGUCGGUGAUAGGAAACAUAUUUUGUGGCCUGCCUCAGUAGACUCAUGCAUAUGCACAA